AUGGAGCGCUGCAGCGGUGGCUUUAAAGCCCUUUUGUUUUUGAAGUAUGCAGAGCUGUCGGGGCCUCCACAACAAGGGAGGCCCCAACAGGCACGCAAUUUGCCGCCUCAGCCUUCUUCAGGACCGAGUGUAGUGGGGGGCCCCCCCAGAAAAAUGAGACAACAGAGGCCUCCUCCCUUGCCUUCCGUGUAUCCGGAGAGACACCUCUUGCUAAGGACUGGCAGGGGCCCCCAACACGUGGGGGCCCCCCAUUCUCUCUCACUUCCUUUUCUCCUGCUUCCUCCUUCCUUAGAGACGUUCCAUCACUCUCUGCCACCAGUGGGCGCACCUCUGCUUCUUCUUACUUCGGGGGGGCCCCACGCGGGGCCCUCUGGGGGCCCCCAGGGACCCUCCGGGGGCCCGCAGGAAGUCUUUGGGGGCCCUGGGGGCCCCUCUGCGCUCUUUCGAGAUCUCAGUCUCUCAGAGCUCACACUGUCGCCUCACCUGAAGAGAGGGUGGGGGCCCAGGGGGCCCCGGGGGCCCCUGACCUUGGUCGGUGCGGAAGGCUACGGGCAGCCGCAGCAGCAGCUGCAGCAGCCUCAGCAGCAGCUGCAGCUGCGGCUGCAGCACGGACGGUGGCAGUUGUUGAAGGAGCUGCGUUCUACGUUGUCUCCGGAGCUGCUGCUUCCUGCUGCACUUCUGUCUCUUGUUGUUGCGGCUGCUUCAUUCAUGAGGUCUUACAUGCUGGGGCAGGUGUUUGAUUGUGCUGCUGUUCUGGCAGCAAAGGGGGGGUGCCCCCAGGAGGGGGGCCCUCUGCUGCAGGGGGCCUCAGACCUCUUCUUGAUCGCUGGGGGCCCCCGGGGGGCCCCCCAGAACCCCAACUCGCUGCUGCCGCUGGUGCUGCGCACAGCUGCUGCUGCUGCUGUUGAAGUGCUAGGGUCUGUGACGCGGGAUGCACUCUUCACAUGCGCUCGGUGGCGAUUGGUGGUGGCCAUGCAGAAGCGGCUUUUUGCUUCUUUGCUGCGGUCGCAAGUCGUAACAAGCGGAGCGCAGAAGCUGCUGUCUGCUCUUGUGAAUGCAUCUGUGGGGGCCUUUUUAAUGUUCCGGCUGUCUCCUGAAAUGACAGCCCUGGGCAUGCUGGCUGUCCCUUGCGUCUUAGUAGGCACUGGGGGAGCAGCGCGCGCCAUUGGCAACUUAGGGCUGCUGCAAAACGACUUGCUGGCGAACAUUUCUGCGAUUGCCACGGAGGUGUUGGCUAACGUCUACACCGUUAAGGCCAACGACGCAGAGGCCAUUGAACUUCAGCGCUACAGUGCCUGUCAGGACGCGUCACUGCGCGUGUUGGGGGAGGGCGUCAUAGCGGAAUCUUUCUUUAAGCAGGCGAAGCAGCUGCUGCUCCUGGCCACUGAUUUGGGGCUGCUUGCCUUUGGGAUGCGCUCCGUGGUGAGAGGUGGUCUGACCAUUGGUCGCUUUAUGUCCUUUAGGAGUUAUUUAAGAAAGUUCUACUUGGCUCUCGAUGCCUUAACAGACAUUUACAAAGACCUGCAUUACUCCCUCGUUGCAUCUGAGCGCUACUUUGAACUCAUCGACAGACACCCCAAAAUCACAAACCCCACUAAGCCCACACAAACCAAGGGGGCCCCAGCAGGGGUCCCAGGAGGGGCCUUAGGAGGCCCUGCCUCAAUGGGGGCCUCAGCCGCUCAGGGUGACGCCCAGGGGGGCCCCCUAGGGGGCCCCCAGGGGGAGCAGUUGGGUACAGGCGAGGGCCAUGGGGGGCCCGCAUCGGUGGAGUUUAAAGAUGUUAAGUUUGCGUAUGAGGUGGCGGCAGGAGCGCAUGAAGCAACACAGACACAAGGCACUGAGGCCCCCCUGAUACUGAAGGGCCUCUCGCUGCGCGUGCGGCCAGGCGAAGUGUUGGCGCUGGUUGGCCCCUCAGGCGCCGGCAAAUCUACAAUUGUGAAACUCGCGCAGCGCUUCUAUGACCCGCAGAGCGGCGCAGUGUACAUGGAUGGGAAGGACCUCCGGGCCUCCGCAUUGCCGUUGCUGCGGCAGCAAAUUGCAUACGUAGAACAGGAGCCGCUGCUCUUCAGGCGCAGCAUCGCAGACAACAUCGCCUAUGGCCUCAGGCCCCUGCAGCACACCAGCGAAUCCUGGAUUGCACAAACCACCCGGGCUCGCAGCAACCAGCAGCAGCAGCAGCAGCAGCAGCAGCAGCAGCAGCAAGUCCAGCAGCAGCAAGUCCAGCAGCAGCAGCAGCAGCGGAUAGACGAUAGAAGCGGCUCCUAUGAGGCGGAGUUGGCGCGGGCUCUGCGCCACCCGCAGGCGGCAGCGUGGCCUCCAGGUUUGUUGCAGCGGGUUGUAGCAGCAGCAGCAGCAGCAAACGCCCUACCCUUCAUUGCGCGGCUGCCUGAUGGAUUAUUUACUGUCUGCGGAGAUGGCGCUGUUCGACUGUCUGGCGGACAGAAACAGAGAAUAGCAGUCGCGAGGGCGUUGCUGCGGGAGCCCCGGCUGCUGAUCUUAGAUGAGGCAUCGAGUUGUUUGGAUGCGGAGAGCGAGGCGGCCCUCGCGGAGACGCUGAGGCGCCUGAAGGGCAAAACCACUGUUAUUACCAUCGCGCACAAACCCUCCAGUCUGAGGGAGGCGGACCGCGUGGCUGUUAUUGAAGACGGCCGCGUAGUCGAGGAGGGCAGCAGACAGGAGUUGCUGCAAGCAGUGAAUUCUAAAUACAAACAGCUGCAGCUGCACGGUGCUGUCCCUUAA